AAUCUCCCCUUUCUCCCCCUCUUCUCUUCUAAACCCCACUCCUUUUUUCUUCACAAACUAUUUUCAUUCAAAUAAUUAAACCAUUCUUAUGGCACCUCCUUUUUCUUACUCACCCUUUUCCUCUCUCUUUCUUCUUCCUUUAUUCUUCAUCUUCACCUUCGCUGACUACGGUGGCUGGCAGAGCGGCCACGCCACCUUUUAUGGUGGCGGUGACGCUUCUGGCACCAUGGGUGGAGCUUGUGGGUAUGGAAAUUUAUACAGCCAAGGGUAUGGCACGAAUACGGUGGCGUUGAGCACGGCAUUAUUCAACAAUGGACUAAGUUGUGGGGCUUGCUUCGAAAUGACUUGUACCAACGACCCUAAAUGGUGCCUUCCUGGAACCAUUAGAGUCACUGCCACCAACUUUUGCCCUCCCAACUUUGCGCUCCCUAACAACAAUGGCGGAUGGUGCAACCCUCCUCUCCAACACUUCGACAUGGCUGAACCUGCCUUCCUUCAAAUUGCUCAAUACCGAGCCGGUAUCGUCCCCGUCUCCUUUCGAAGGGUACCAUGUAUGAAGAAGGGUGGAGUGAGGUUCACAAUUAAUGGCCACUCGUACUUCAACCUCGUUUUGAUCACAAACGUUGGUGGUGCGGGCGAUGUCCACGCCGUGUCAAUAAAGGGGUCUCGAACUGGAUGGCAAGCCAUGUCUAGAAAUUGGGGCCAAAAUUGGCAAAGCAACAACUAUCUGAAUGGCCAAGGCCUUUCCUUUCAAGUCACUCUUAGUGAUGGUCACACUCUCACUGCCUAUAACCUCGUUCCUUCCAAUUGGCAAUUUGGCCAAACCUACGAAGGCCCUCAAUUCUAAACCAUCAACCACUGCUACAACUACUACUACUUCACAAAAAAACACACAAAACAAACAAACAACAACAAAAUGAAAACAAAAACAAAAACAAGAUCAAAAUCAAGGAUCGAGAGUUGGGGCUUGUCAAUCGUUUCACUUUCUUUUUAAAGUUUUUUUCUGAAGAAGGAAGAGGAACAUUUAAACUUGGUGUUUUUUACAUCUUUUUUGGUUUGAGUGUGUGGUUUCUUAUUAUUAUUACUUUUUUUUUUCCUUCAAAAGAGAUCUUGGGAGAGGGUAGAGAGGGAUCUUAAGGAGGGGAGUUGGGUAUGAAAUUGCCAUAAUAGUGGCACCUUUGUUGCUGUGGUGUUAUAAUCUGGCACCCGCUAGGCUUUUACAUUUAUAUAUAUCUAUAUAUAAUUAUAUAUGAUGUAAUAUGUAUAAUGAUAAUAAAUAUGUUGUUAUAAUCCGA